UAUAUUGUGUACAUGGGCGACCGUCCAAAGGGCGAAUUUAGUGCAUCAGCUCUUCAUACCAAUAUGUUACAAGAAGUUGUUGGCAGCGGUGCAUCAGCCUAUCUGCUCCGCAGCUACCACAGGAGCUUCAAUGGUUUUGUUGCUAAGCUGACCAAAGAGGAAAAGCAGAAACUGGCUGGGAUGCAAGGUGUAGUGUCAGUAUUUCCUAGUCAAAAGAAGAAACUACACACAACAAGGUCUUGGGACUUCAUGGGCUUCCCUGUCAAUGUUACAAGAUCAACUUAUGAAGGUGACAUCAUUAUUGGAAUGCUUGACACAGGGAUUUGGCCUGAAUCUCAGAGUUUUAAUGAUUCAGGAUACGGUCCACCCCCUGCCAAAUGGAAGGGCACUUGCCAAGAAUCCUCCAAUUUCACUUGCAAUAACAAAAUAAUUGGAGCAAGAUACUACCACAGUGAUGGAAAAGUAGAUCCUAGAUUAGAAUUUGAUUCGCCAAGAGACUCAGAAGGACAUGGAACUCAUACUGCAUCAACAGCAGCAGGGGACAUAGUUAGCCAAGCUAGCUUACUAGGCCUUGGAUUAGGCACUGCCCGAGGAGGCGUUCCUUCUGCUCGUAUUGCUGUUUACAAGAUAUGCUGGAGUUAUGGGUGUACAGAUGCUGACAUUCUUGCAGCAUUUGAUGAUGCUAUUGCUGAUGGAGUUGAUAUAAUCUCUCUUUCUGUGGGAGGGUGGCCAAUGGACUAUUUUGAGGAUUCGAUUGCAAUCGGAGCUUUCCAUUCAAUGAAGAAUGGCAUACUUACAUCCAAUUCUGCUGGUAAUGAAGGCCCCGAACCUGAAUCAGUCUCAAAUUGCUCACCGUGGUCACUUUCUGUGGCCGCGAGCACCAUUGAUAGAAAGUUUGCAACACCAGUUAAAUUAGGCAAUGGAGCAGUAUAUCAGGGAAACUCCAUAAAUACUUUUGAGCCUGGAAAUGCUAUGUAUCCAAUCAUCUAUGCUGGAGAUGCCAUGAACGAGACAGCAAGGCAUGAUUCCAGCUCCAGCUUUUGCAGCCAAGACUCCUUGAACAAGACUUUGGUUAAAGGGAAAAUUGUUGUUUGUGAUGGUUUCUCUGAGGAGGAUGCUGUAGCUAUUGGGUUAGCGGGCAUAGUAGCGCCAGAUGGAUAUUACACAGAUGUUGCCUUCAGCUAUAUAUUGCCAGUUUCCUUGAUAAGCACCUACAAUCAAACUGAUGUCUUGAAUUACGUGAACUCAACCAGUGAACCAACUGCAACAAUCCUCAAGAGUGUUGAAAAUAAGGAUAAAUUAGCUCCAUACGUUGUUUCCUUCUCUUCAAGAGGACCUAGUCCAAUAACAAAAGACAUCCUCAAGCCUGACCUGACAGCCCCUGGAGUUGACAUUUUAGCAGCAUGGUCAGAAGCUACUACUGUGUCAGGAUCAAAAUGGGACACAAGAGUAGCUCCAUAUAAUAUAAUCUCUGGAACAUCCAUGUCUUGUCCACAUGCAUCUGCUGCCGCUGCUUAUGUUAAGUCAUUUCACCCAACUUGGUCUCCUUCUGCCAUUAAAUCUGCUCUUAUGACGACAGCUUAUCCCAUGAGUCCUUACAAGAACACCGAUCAGGAGUUUGCUUAUGGAUCAGGUCAAAUAAAUCCUGUAAAGGCCAUGGAUCCUGGUUUAGUAUAUGAUGCUGAAGAGAUCGAUUAUGUUAAAUUUUUGUGCGGACAAGGGUAUAAUGCUUCGCAACUUCAGCUUGUGACCGGAGAUAAUAGCACAUGCUCUGUAGAAACAAAUGGAACCGUGUGGGAUUUAAAUUACCCUUCUUUCGCUCUAUCUGCCCCGUCAGGACUUUCUGUAACUCGUGUCUUUCACAGAACUGUCACAAAUGUUGGAUCACCAUCAAUAAGUUAUAAUGCAAUAACAAGUGCUCCAGCAGGACUUAAUAUUCAAGUUGAACCAGAUGUUAUCACCUUCCAGUCUCUCGGAGAAAAACAAUCUUUUGUUGUGACAGUUGAAGCUACGUUGCCUGAUAAAGAUGCAAUCUUAUCUGGUCUAUUGGUUUGGUAUGAUCAGGUGCAUCAAGUGAGAAGUCCAAUUGUAGCAUUUGCUUUGGAUCCUGAACAAUAGUCUGGAGUCGCCGUUUCUUUCAAACUAAAAUAACAAAUAAGCGGGAAGUUUUCUGUUAAAAAUGAAAUGUACAACUAUAUGAUUGUGGUAUCGGAUGGUUACAAUUAUAUCCUGUACUUUGAUUCCUGUGAAGGACUGUUCAAAUAAUAAAGCAUAGUAAAGGAUUUUAUUCAA